AUGGACAUCCCAGCUGAAGCAUGGUUUAAGGUGCUGCUUUUGGUUGCAAAGCACUCCUCUGAAGAUCUGUACAGUAUGGCGGGGACAUGCAAGUUAUUUGAAGAAAUGCUGAAUGAUCCUGAGGUUUGGCGAACCGUGUCUGUAGAGAAGUACCAGUGGCAUCCUGAAUGGUACGGGUUUGAUCAAGAGAAACUUGUUGAGUUCUUGCAAAAGUGCAAGGAACACAACAAUCCAGAAAUAAUUUACAGAGAAGCUGUAACUAAAUUCUUCAUAUUCAAAGAUGAUGAGGCUGUCAACAACUUUCGGGUGGCGGCUAAGGCAGGGCAUAUGGAAUCCUCCUACACUGUUGGCUUGCUAGGGCUGGUGAACCCUACGGAGGGCGAAGAGGAUGCGAUGGAAUGGUUGUGCCAUCUAAGCAAAACGAAGAAAAUUGACAUGCAAGCAUGCAAGACAUCAUUUUUUAAUCGACUGAUGAGGUAUACCAUUUCUGGCAUGGUGACUCCUCUAACUCUUGCAAAGUUUACUGCUGAUAGAAAUUUUAUUCUUAGCCACGUUAACUGUAAGGGUGUUAACUGUGUGGGUAAUCAGGAGUGGUAUUUCACAUUCCAAUGGGACUGGGAGGGCGACUACUCUGACACGGUAUCUACCUGGAACUACUGUGAACCCUGCAAAAGGAAGAGGCAGUUGUAUUGCUUCGAGCGCAAACUCCGUGGGGAGACCUGUUGGAUUUAA